AUGGCCAGAGACCUCCCUGCCGACAUCGUCGCAGCCAGCUUCGACCACCUCCCUGUCCCAGACCUACUUCGCGCAGCACAAGUCUCCCUCCUCUGGCGCGACAUUGUCUACGAUGAGCAGCGCUGGAUCGCAAAGCUCAGAGCUAUAGGCGUCUGGUCGGACGCAGCUGCUCGGAGGAAUCUGGAGGAAGAGAACACAAAUCGCGAUGAUCCGUUGUAUGCGCUACCCGAGGCGCGCCCAGUCCGUGGCAGAGCGCGUCCUGAAUUUAGACGCAUCUAUAAGCUGCUUGCGCCUUACUAUCUUGAUCUUGUUGCUGCGGCGAAUCCAGCCACAUCCAAGUUGUUCACCUCUUAUAAAGAUCCCGAGGAUCAGGCACGCAUGCUGAGACAACUCUCUGCCUUUGGAGCAGCGCAUCCUGUUCAUGAUUCACAGGCACGUAAUGUGCAACUGCAAGCGACUAUUGAUCUGUUCGAGACGGCUGCCUUGCGAGAGUUUGAAAUCAGCUACGACCAUCGCAACGAAGCCUCCAUGCAACGGUACGCGCAAGUCUGCACCCUACUCAACGGAGGCGGCAAAUGCAUCCGUCUCUUUUGCAGCAAGAAUGUCUUGCUCUCGUCAAGCUUACCCAAUGCAUUCGAGUGCUUUGAUGCAGCCGGUAACAUCAACCUCACGCCCAUGCAACGCCUCACAACAUCGCUCGGGGUGGAACUACUUUCGCAGAAAGAGGUGAUUGCACUAGUGUUUCCGCGUGGUCAGACUUGGCACAUUCUGUGUGAGCGCGUCUUGCGGGAAGUGCUUGCAGUAUACAUCAAGAAUCUGAUUGAUUAUGCUCAACAACAAAGCACAGAAGCGUAUUUGGCGGCCGUUCCAGGAGCAUACCAACAUGCUCACCGCCUCGUGAGUGAGCUUGGCCUCAACUUGCUACCGCAGCUACAGGCUAUCUUCGAGGAACACGUCUCUUGGUAUCUUGAGGAAGAACUGCGUGAGCUUCGUUCAAAAGCAGAUCACGAAGUCAGUAAUUGGGAUCGACAAAUCACGGAUGAGUCGCAAAAGACGGAAUCCUUGCUGCUUUCCAAUAUCAAUCGUGAAGCAGCCAAGAAGAACUUUUUGCAGUCCUUUACACAAGUCAUUCUCAUGCCUGUCAAUGUCGUCGGUAGUGCGAUUCCUUUUCGACAGAGCGUUACACCCGACGCGAAUCAACCAGCAGGUCUCAUUGCAGAGGAGAAUAACCUCGCAGCAACACAAAGCUUGCCUACGACGGAACUCGCAGCGCGGGCUGCCAUUAUGAACUCUGGGCUUGCACGAAUCAAACGUCUUCUCAGCUUGGAAGUGGCUCUCUCACUCAUUCAUGCUGGCAAGGAAGCGAUUGAUCGCAGUCGUACCUUUGUUCCAUUUGCCGGGCGACUUGGUCAGGAGGCGCGCGAACAGAGCGAAGCCAUGUUCAAUGCAGUCCUCGAUGCGCUUGGUGUGCGGCAUAUUGCGAAUGGUUUUGAGCUGGCGCUACAAGCGCUCAAAAGUUACGAUCCUCGGCGGAAUAAGCAAGUGGCACAAGUCCAACCGCUCGUUGACUUUCUCGAGCUGGUGCAUGUUGGUGAUUUGAUUCAACAAAUGAUUGAUGUUUUCUACAAUCAAGAAUUAGCCGGAAUCGUUGAUAAGACUGAUUUCUUGUCGCCUGCAGUCAAGGGUAAGAAGAAGUUUGAGGAGAUGAUUGAUAAGAAUGUGGCAGAUGGCUUGAAUCGUGGCAUCGAUGUACUCAUGGAGCAAGUCGAAUAUCUCCUCAUCACGACACAGAAGCCAACAGACUUCAAGCCCUGGCUCGUCCUUGGCCAAGAUGAUCACCUCGACUUGCAGGAAACCGACACGGCGCGUCAAGUCGUGGCGUGCCUCUCGACCCACACUGAACUACUCCGUGGCAGCACGGAUAAAGCGACCCUUGACGUCUUCUUUCAAGAAGUCGGUGUCCGCUUCUUUGGGUCGUUGUGUAAGCACCUCAAGCGUCAAAGCAUUACCGUGGAAGGUGGCCUCAAACUCAUCUCUGACCUCAACUACUACUACAACUACAUUGCCAGUCUCAAGCAAUCUUCCAUUGUGCCUUACUUUUCUUCGCUCAAGGAGCUUGGCAAUUUGUAUAUUGUCUCGGGGCAGGAAGGGAAAGCUGUUGGGCAGCUCGUUUCUGAUAUGGUGCGGUUUGGUGGUGUUCUGAGGCCUGAGGAUGUGUAUGAAUUUGCUGAACGUCGAGCAGAUUGGAUGAAGGUGAAGAAGGACGUGGAUAAGGUCAUCUAUGGCACUAAUGGCGACUGUGUAGUCCAAUAA